AUGUUGGCAAUAUUCUUAUUUAUUAUUUUAGUGACCUCUAACCAUGCUAUGAAUCUUAGCAAGAGGGAAACUCAAAAAUAUUAAUAAUAUUUGAAUCGCAUUGAAAAACGAUAAAUUGGAUCUUUGAUUAUUUCUAUGAUAUAACUAGAUUAGCCAUAGAUAAAUUAAUUGAUUGAAUAAUCCAUAGAAGAUUUUGAAUCAGAAUAUUCAACUUUGCAAGAUUUUCAUAUUAGUAGGAAGACAUAAAUAUAUUAAUCUAUGUAGUAAUUGAAAGCACAACUCUUAGAUUUAGAUUUGUUAUAAUCAUCCUUUAUUGAUGGGCCUUAAGAGAAAGAAAGGGAGUUCCAUGAAUAAAAAAUAACAAGACUUAAUCAACUGAUCAAUCAAAAUUAUAAAACGAUUGAUUAAAAAGAGGUUCAAUUGAUAAAAAUGCAGAACAGUUUAAGUUCAUUGAUUGAUGAAUAUGAUUUGAAUAUCAACUAAAUAGAUCAAAUGCUUCAGACAAUUGAUUCUAUUUUAUAUGAUGAAGAGAAGGUAGGCAUUAAAUUCUUCUAAAAGAGAGGAAAGGUGAAUGAGAUAAUUGAGCAUUUUGGAAAAUCUACAAUUAAACAUAUCAAAUUAGAUUUACCUAUGCUAAAACAAAUAGCACAGAUUGGUAUAAAAAGCAAUUUUGCGGACAAAUAAACUUAUAAAUAAGUGCAAGAACUCUUGAUUUCUUUAAGAAAAAAGUUAGUUGGAGAACUUAAUAGUCUAAAUACUGACAAGAUUGAUCAGCUUGAAAUAAGUAUUAAUGAAUUAAAGAAUGACACUCUCAAAUUGAAAAGUCAAUUGCUAGAAUCUACAUAGAAGUUGCAAAUAGAGAAUAGGGACAUUAGUUCAAUCACAGAGUCUAAGAAGCGUAUUGAGUAGGAACUUGUUAUUCUUGAUGAAGACUUGAGAUUGGAGAAUGAGUUAUUCAAUUAGAAGGAAACAUUUUUAAUAGAAGAAGUCAAUGAAUUGAUGGAGAUUGAACAGUUGUUGAAAAAUAGAGAAUUGAUUUAAUACAUUCAAGAAUAAGAAUAAUAAUGA